UCCAAAAUGGCGUCCAAAGGAAAGGGUGGAUGGAUAUGGUCGCCUACAUGACAUUCCAUCUCAAGAAAUGUCCCGUCUUGCUGAUUAUUUUGCCGUUGCUGGAAUAGACAGGGACUCAAAGAAUGGAGAAGUUAAAGGAAAAGUAAUACAACGCUUCCCGAGUAAAGACCGUAAAGAUGCAACGUUUCCAGAAGGACUCGAAUUGUUUUGUCAACCUGGAGGAUGGAACUACUCAAAUUACUACAAACCACCAACUUUCUUUGUUGCUGUUCUCACUGAUAUGGAAGGAGAUCAUCGAUAUUGUGCCUGCUUCACAUUCUAUGAAAAGUGCAGUCCAGCCAAAUCCAAACAAAGAGCAGUAAAGUCCCCCAACAGGGAAGUUCAUAAGGAUGGCAGUCAAUCAGAUUCUUCAUUAUCCGAUAAGAGAUUUUCGGAUGGUGUGCCUGGAAUAACAAUCAAUUCAGAAGAUUCUUCAAUGACAGAGAUGUUUGCACCAAAGUGCUUGUGUCUUGUGUCAAGAGCAAGCUACUUUGACAUCUUAAAGAGCUGCCUAAUAACCAUCUAUUGGUCAUUUCUGUCCGAAAAUGGUAAAUCCUUAGAGGGACUAGUUGGCUGUGUCCUUGGAUUUGUUCAGGUUCCGCCCCCUGGGGGUCCAAAGAUGACCUUUUCCAUGGGUGCAGGUGAUCGGCAAACCCUCUCCCCUCCUGCAUCUGAAACUCUUCCAGUAACAGGAAAAUCACUCUCUAUCUUGUUCAAUCAGCUUGGAAUCCACAACAUGCUGUCCCUCUUUUGUGCUGCAUUGACGGAAAACAAAAUCUUAUUUUAUUCAAGCAGCUACGCACAGUUAACUAAUGCUACCCAGGCCAUGCUGGCUUUAAUGUAUCCUCUCAAGUUCAGUUAUGUGUUCAUUCCAAUACUACCAUCUGCACUACUUGAUUUUUUGAGUGCCCCAACACCAUUUAUCAUGGGUAUACAUGAAAGCUACAAAGAUUACCUGGCGUCAGAUUUGACUGAUGUAAUUCUUGUAGAUAUUGAUGGAGGACAUGUCAGCAUUCCAGACUCUAUCAAUCUUCCUUACUUGUCAGAACCAUUUCUGAGUAGAGCAAGGCAUGAAUUAACCAUGGUGUUAUAUCCUCAACUAGUAACUGCAGAUUGUGCUUUCCAGACACCAACUUCACCAUCACUCCCAGUCCUUCAGGAUAAGGAGCUACGUGCUGUGUUCAUUAGAUUGGUUGCACAAAUGUUCUCUGGCUAUCGCUCAUGCCUAACUUUGAUCAGGAUCCAUCCCAAGCCUGUUAUUACAUUCAAUAAGGUGUCUUUCCUGGAGAACAGAGGUUUGGUAGGGGAUGUAUUCCUUUCCAAGGUUUUAGAGAGUAUUUCCUUCUUGUCCUUUGUGGCUAGUCGUGGUCCCCCAUACAGGUCCUGUGACCUCUUUGAUCAGCUUUGUGUGGAGAUUUAUAGCAUUCUGAUUAGUGAGAAAGGAUUGGAUCCUGAGGUGCAGGCUAACAUUCAACAACUUGCCCAGAAGCUGUAUGACAAUGAACCUUCUUGUGAAUCUGCUGAGAACAAUAUUCUACCACCUAUUCCUGUAGAGGCAAUAGAGAGGUGCAGCCCGAAGGUUUUUCCAGAGCUUAAUGGAGAUGCCAUAAGCCGGCACUUGAAUCAACAGGAAAAUCUUCCUUUGGAUUACACAGCAAAAAGUGUGGAGCCUUGUGUCGUGCCUUCAAAUCCUAUGUCAAGUAGGCAACAGCAUUAUAUUCCGAGUCGAAAGCUUGAAGUGUUGAAGGAUUGUGUUGCAUACAUCUUUGACAACCAGAUUUCUGAGGCUAGAAAGUCACUUCCCUCCGUGGUCAGAGGUCUGAAGUCCAAAGGGGCCCAAACAGCUCUGUGCCAUGAAUUGUCCCUCAGGGCUAGACAAAACAGAUCACUUCUGGAACAUGAUCAGUUUGAUCUGGUUGUGAGACUUAUGAACAGUGCAUUACAGGAUGAUGCAAGUAUGAGUAACACAUCUGUAGCUGCAGCUCUUUUACCCCUUACAGCUACGUUUUACCGAAAACUAAAUGCUGGUGUGAUCCAGUUUGCUUACACUUGUGUCCAAGAGCAUCCAGUUUGGGAAAGACAACAAUUUUGGGAGGAAGCCUUUUACUCUGAUGUUGAGUCUCAGAUCAAACAACUCUAUGUAGAUGAAGAAGCUCCAAAAGCCAAUGCUGAGGAGACAUUGGAAAGAAAGGAACAGCGUACCUCACGGAGCAGCUUGACACCUUCAGCAAAACAUCGCAGUUUCACAAGGAGUAGAGAUAACCUUUCUUCCACACCCAAGGAUUCAGGGAGUUCAAUUGACAUAGACCAGUCCUCUCGAGAAGAGCAGAAACCAGUCCCAAGUGCACUGAGUAUUGCUGCCAAGCAGCUUAAGAAAUGGCCACACUACAGUGACGAUGAGAAAGAUUCUCUGAUAACAAGUGAGGAAGGCAUUGUAUACAGUCAAGCCAUCCACUAUGCCAAUCGAAUGGUGUACAUGAGGAUUCCCCUGGAUGCUAGUGAGAAGAUGCCACGACCCCCUCCUGCUGCAGGUACACAAAUAGAUGGGGAGGGGUCUGUCAGUGGCACCUAUGCUGGGAGUAUUGUCAAUGGUUUGGCAGGAGGGAGUAGUGAAGUUGGCAGUUGUAUCACAGACAGUGGUGGAUGUGAUAUCUAUAUGGAUGAUGAGGAUGGUGGAACUAUUGCUGACCAAGUGACAAGAUUUGUCAGUCGGUUUGUGGAUCGUGUUGGCACAGAGGCUGGAAUUAGUCAAGUGCAUCUUAAGUCUCUUUACACCAUGAUACCAGGAGUAGUUGCGAUGCACAUAGAGUCAUUGGAGCCAGUUUAUCGUGAAUACAAGAACUUGGCUCCAAUUCAAAAGGCCAAGAUCAUGAGACCCGCCCUGUUGGUGGGGGAGGAUAUGAUGAGCGACGGACUCCGUGCUUACCUCAUACCUGACGGGAGGGAGCUCGGCAAGGGAGGAGACGAUCAGGGUGGGGCACGUCUGUUGCCCGCUGAAGGAGCAGUAUUUCUGACAAACUACAGAGUGAUUUUCAAAGGGACGCCAGUAGAUCCAUUUGCAUCUGAGAUGAUUGUGACUAGAAGUUUUCCUGUGGGAUCACUUGUCAAGGAGAAGAGGAUUGGAGUGCAGUAUUUACAGCACCUGGAACAGUGGCUGCACGAGUGUAUUCAGCUCAGAUCUAGUACUUUUCAGAUGAUGAAAUUGGUUUUUGACGAGGAGGUUCAACCGGAAAACAUUGAGACAUUUCGAAAGACAUUGCAAAGGAGACGUUCACCUACUACGGUUUUCGGUACAUUUGCCUUCUGCGGCAAAGGCGUUCCAAGGACGCCGACGUUUGUCAUUGAAAAACACAUGGAGAGACAAGGAACUCUUCGAAAAUCCAAGAAGAAACUCGCAAAUGCGUCACGGAACAAGGCAGGUAGCAUCGCUCAGAUUCGGGAAUCUCUCCGAAAAAAACGCCACCGGCACAAUACGUCAGAUCCACAGAGUCUGGACCACAGAUCACCAAGUGGAUCCCUCACUACGGAUGAUGAUGAAUCUGUGGUCGAUGUAAAUGACAUUUCCCUCAAAAGCGAACCUAUUGUCGUUCAUGGGGCUGAACGGCUCAGUAAGUUGUCCUACUGCGGUGACUACUCACGUCUUAAACUUGGAAAUAUUGCCAAAGACUCUGCAGACGGACCUUGGCGGAUUUGCAUGGUCAAUGUCACAUAUACUGCGUGUAGAAGUUACCCAUCAGUGGUUGUAGUUCCACAAAGCAUAUCAGACGAUAGCAUUCUCAGAAUAGCCAAAAACCACCGCCAGGGCAGGUUUCCUGUUGCAGUGUGGAGACACCAGCGGAACAAAGCCACACUGCUUAGAGCUGGUGGUAUUGAAAGGAGUACAAUUGGAUCAAUCAUGCGUCAGACCAAAAAUGUAGGGCAGGGAGGUGUAGCUAGUCACGCCAUCUCUUCAUCUGCCUCAGCUGAACAAGAGAAGUAUUUUAGUGCCGUUGUGGCAGCGACACCUCAAAGUAAAAACAAGAACAUGUCACGCGCGAACUCUCUACACCAUGGCGUUCUCCUCAAGGAUGGUUACUUCGCAGAUGAAGUUGAUUCAGGUCAACUUGUGGACAGAACCAUAAUGAAGAAAGGCUGGGAACCGGCAGCUCUCUACGUCUUUGGUGACAAGACAUUGUUAAGGCAUGUCAAACAAGAGGCUUAUCCUAAGUGUGACUUUGUACCGAUUGAGCUCCCAGACAUCAGAGCAGUUAGAGCAAGUUUCAAGAAGUUUCAGCGUGCGACUUGUCCAAGUACAGAAACAAACUCAAGCUACAUUCGGCAGGUCGAAGACUCUGAAUGGCUCCAACAGCUGUCAGCCAUCAUGACGGUGGCCAACUGUUUUGUUGAUCUCAUUGAUAUCCAAGGAUCGUCUGUCCUAGUUUGCUUUGAAGAUGGCUGGGAUGCUACUCCGCAGGUGUUGUCUUUAGCAGAGCUUAUGCUCGAUCCUCACUAUCGAACCAUCGAUGGUUUCAAACUUUUAAUUGAAAAGGAGUGGCUUUCCUUUGGACACAGGUUCACCCACCGUGGAAAUCAUAUCGCUUCAACCCAGGGAGGAUUUACUCCCAUCUUUCUUCAGUUCUUGGAUUGCGUGCAUCAGAUAAUGCUUCAGUUUCCUUUGUCCUUUGAAUUCAACGAUCAUUUUCUGUGUACUAUCGCUUACCAUCAUGCCUCGAUGAGGUUUCGCACUUUUCUUUUGGAUUCUGAACAUGAACGUUCCGAGUCUGGUUGGAUGGCAGAGGAGGAUCACAAACCAAGAGGGAAAUCACUUUGGGAUUACAUGGAUGUUCAAAAGACCAAGUCACCUCUCUAUAACAACUUCUUGUACUCGCCAAACCAGACCAAGGUGUUGAGACCAUUCUGUAAAGUACCCAAUCUGAAAGUGUGGAAGUAUUAUACAACAGAGAACCUGUCCACCGGCCCAACUUAUGACUUGGAGCUGAUCAAUGAUGUGACAACCACGGUAGAAAAUGAAGGAAGCCCUGAUGGAAAACAGGAGACCUAUGGAAGCUGUACGACUGGUUGCUAUGGUGAUGUCACUCAGUUUGCACUAGACGAGUGCUCGUGGCUGCUUCAAGAGCUGUACAGAUUGGAGGAGGAAGCUGAUCAGAAACCUAAGAAAUGGGAACAACACUGGCACAAGCUGUCUUACCCUGCCAUGAAGAGAAAGGUUUUGUCCUAUAAUGGAAGAUGGUUCAAUCAUCAGAGACUGAACCUUCACAAGAGAAGUACCAUGGAAGUAAUUCUUAAGGGUAAGCUCCAAGUGGAAGAACGUGGAGCUCAGGGCUUCUCACAGCCGCACAACUUUGAGACCCAUCUGUUUGUUCCUCCGUCAAAUUGCGAUCAUUGUCUACAGUUGAUCAUUGGUAUUUUAAGCAAAGGAAUGAAGUGUACAGAAUGUGGUUACAACUGCCAUGAACGGUGCCAACCGCAGGUCCCUUGGCAGUGUAAGAAACGAGAUCUUCUCGAGCAGCCUGGGUCUGGAAUGACUAAGAGCACUAUGAGCCUGCCUAGUGAGACUGAUGCUGCGCACCCUAAGAAGCUUCACUGUGGAUACCUGUUUAAGAGAGGCCACCUUUUACGGCAGUGGAAGUCCAGAUGGUUUGUUCUAGACACUCAGAGAAAUCAGCUUCGGUACUAUGAUGAAGAACACGACGACCAUUUACAAGGCUUUGUCGACCUCGGGGAAAUGAUAGCAGUGCAUUGUCUUACCAACCUACCUCCAGGUGCACCUAAAGGUUCGAUAAAAGGAGCCUUUUUUGAUUUGCGGACGACGAAGAGAGUGUAUAACUUGAUGUGUAACUCCUCUGAAGAAGCAAAGGUUUGGGUAGAAAAGCUUCAGAGCAUGAAUGUGUGAAGAUCUUUCUGUUCUCGACGCUGUGCAAACGAUUUCUUCAUUUCAUCUUCGGAGGAGGAAUCUGUUUAUCAAUAUGGCAUCGAUGAAUUGCCAAUUGUGUACUUAGAAUCUUGAAUAAUGACUGGAGAAGCCUAGAGAGAGUGAACCACGAAACUUGGGGAAAAGUUUUUUGAAAUAAUCGUGGCUUUGCGUAGUUGGAGUUUUUAAAGGUCAGAUGCCCUCCUCUCUUUAACGAGAGAUACCGAGACUUUUAACCGUUGACGUAGCUAUACUGAUUGAUCGUGGUAACUAAGCUACAACCACUCAGGUAUCACUUACUGAUGUCAUCCGCAUGGAAUUUGCGGUGGAGGCUGUUUUUCUAAACAAGCGAACUGGAUAAGCAACGACGCCCGUUUUAAUUUUUACCCCAUUUGUUGUACUUUAUACAUUCGUGAAAAACGAAAUUAAUUUUUAGUCGUCUGCAUCUUUCUUAAUUUAUGGUCAUUCGCCGUAGUUUCCUUCGUUUUAAGCAUUUGUAGCGUUUAUUUUGUGUUCACGCUCGCUGUGAUCACAAUUUACACAGAAUCAAUGUCAGUAUUUGAGCAACUGCGCCCCUACCCCUGCCCCUACCCCUACCCCUCCCCUAACCUAUCAUUAACCUUAACUCGGUAACAGACUGUUGAUGUGUUUGGAGGGAGGGGUAGGUGCGCUGUUGCUUAGAUACUGACUUUGAUCCGAAAUUGUUUUAUCCAGAUUACUCUGAAGAUGUACAGUUUUGUUUCUAAUUAUUACCAGUGUUUUACGUAACUGCUGUGAAUGGCGUUUUCUUUUUAAUUUUGAUUUUGAGAGGGACUUACAUGUGUCUGGACGAAGUUAGAUCCACUAUUAAAAUGUCGUUUUUAAAUAAGCUAUCCUGAAAGAAAAUGGAAUGAAAAUUGGAGACAGUUCAUGGCUGGAGAACCUGCGUAUUUUCCGCAGGUCUAAAAGAGAAUUUUUAGAUAUGAAGCUUUGUAGAAUGUGAAGUAUAUAAUUAAUUUUUAGUACUGUAAAAUACUUAACCCUUUAACUCCCAAGAUCAGAUUGUUGAUUCUCCCCUCUAGCUGCUACACAUUUAUUUGUAAAUUAGUUACGAGAAUUUGCUGUGAGAUCAAGAUUACAACUACUUGUUAAGUUUGGGUAUUCUCAGAACCUGUUUGCUGGAUGAUGUAUGGACAUUUUAGGGAGAAGUUAAAUAUCACUUCAGGGAGUUGAAGGGUUUUACAAUUAUGAUAGUGAAGUUCAGUAUUUAUAAUAGUGCGUAUCACUUAAAAUUAGGCGGAUGCAAAUUUUGCUAUAAGUUUUUUUUUUAAUUUUUUAGCUGCAUGGUUGCAUGUUUUGCGAAGACUGAGGACAAACUCGUUAAGCGGAAAUAAGAGUCUGCUCUUUAGGUCUGUGGAUAGAACUAAAGGACUCUGGAUAAUUCUUUUGAACAUUGGGAUGAAGUUGAAAAAUUUCAUGCAUUCUUUGUAUGAAUGGAACUUUGUGACAAGGAAGCUACUACUAGGCUGUUUUGCGUGUAAAUUGUUUCCAAAAUGUCGAAUUUCGCCGUCUGUUUUCGCGUUUGGUCCCACGAAAACCUCAUUUUUUCAUCUUAACGUAGUAAUAUAAUUUACUAAAAAGCUUAAAUUUUAUUUAAGUAUUGAUUAGAAACUUAAGUCUGCCAUUACCAGCGUCAUUCAAUAACAUGCAAUCUGUGGAAUUGUGGCACAGAUUGCGGGUCUAGCUGCUGUCAAUCAUUCUCAGGAAACAAGAAGGGUAUUUUAAGGGUUCCAUAAAAAGCCGCCUCGCGGUUUUUGUUACUUUGUAAGUUCCAUAUGUGCCUUCCUUGUCAAUCUUUGUCAUCCAUGUAUUUUCUUGGCUAAAUAUUGCUUUGUUCGUUUCGCAGUGUUACUUAACUAAUACUUUGUAGGUUGAAUUAAUUUGAAGGAAGCGUAAUAACCUCGUUUCCAGGGUCCUCUCUCUUCCUCCUGUAACAUAUUGUGCCUUAAUUGUGUCUUGUAAAUUUCUAACCAUUAUGAUAAUGAUUGACAGUAGCAUAAGAAUAUUGUGGAUUUGAUCCUAAUCAAUAACGUUUCUAAUCAGAAAUAAAGCGUUUUCUUUUGAACUGUUAA